CCGUUUGGCAAUUCAAAAGAUUGUAAACAUUUUUCCACCGGUAGUAAUCGCGUUUUAUAUUAAAAAAUAAAUUUAUUUGCUAUUUAAUCAUAUUUUACGAGAGCCUAUUGGUUUCAUCAGGUUCCAUACGCCGCCUGGACGAGUUAUUGGUUCGAAAUCAAAUUAUCUAUUUUUUCUUCCUAUGAAUUGAUUUGAAUUUAUCAAAAUGAGGAUAAGCGUUGACGGUUUGCUAGUGUACUUCCCGUACGAGUACAUCUAUCCGGAACAGUACGCCUACAUGUUGGAACUAAAGCGAACCUUCGACGCGAAGGGUCACUGCCUGCUGGAGAUGCCCUCGGGAACGGGCAAAACCACCACAUUACUAUCCCUGAUCGUGGCGUACAUCAUGGAAAAUCCACAUAUCGUCCGGAAGCUGAUCUACUGUUCCCGUACGGUGCCGGAGAUCGAGAAGGUCAUUGCCGAGUUGAAACAUCUGAUGAACUAUUACGAGAAGCAGACCGGCGUGAUGCCGAACAUCACCGGGCUGGUGUUGAGCUCGCGGAAGAAUAUGUGCAUCCACGGGGAGGUCAGCAAGGAACGGGACGGAAAAAUUGUCGAUGCCAAGUGCUACGGAAUGACGGCAAGCUACGUGCGGGAGCGGGCGGCCGCUGAUGAAUCGGUUGCGGUUUGUCAGUACUACGAGGGAUUUCAGGCGGAGGGCAAAGAGAGCGCACUGCCGCCGGGGGUUUAUUCGAUUGAUGAUCUGAAGGACUUCGGUCGCGAGCGCAAUUGGUGUCCGUACUUUUUGUCCAGAUUUGCGAUCAAUCAAGCACACGUGGUCGUAUACAGUUAUCAUUAUUUGUUGGAUCCAAAAAUUGCCGAAGUUGUGUCGAAGGAGCUGGCCAAGGAAUCUGUCGUUGUUUGUGACGAGGCUCACAAUAUUGACAACGUAUGUGUAGAUUCAAUGAGUGUUAAAAUAAAUCGUCGGUUAAUUGAAAAGAGCACAACCGGAGUGCAUACGCUGGAGAAAUACGUAUCAGAAAUGAAAGAAGAUGAUCGUAGACGAUUGAACGAUGAGUACCUUCGUCUGGUACAAGGAUUGAAAGAUGCAUCAUUUGCACGGGAAACGGAUAUGGUUCUUGCUAAUCCGGUGCUCCCAUCCGAGAUUCUCAAGGAAGUUGUUCCCGGUAAUAUACGUAACGCGGAUCACUUUUUAAGUUUUCUAAAGCGUUUCAUCGAAUAUAUUAAAUCUCGGCUGCGAGUGCAGCAUGUGGUACAGGAAAGCCCGGCAGGAUUUCUUAAAGACGUACAGCAGAAAGUCUGUAUCGAACGCAAACCACUUCGUUUCUGUGCUGAACGGCUAUCCUCACUGCUUCGGACGCUGGAAAUUACAGAUCUUACCGAAUUUGGUCCCUUGACGGUGAUCACUUCGUUUGCGACGCUAGUUUCAACUUAUACGAAAGGUUUCACGAUCAUCAUUGAACCGUUCGAUGAUAAAACCCCAACGGUUUCCAAUCCGAUUAUGCACCUGAGCUGUAUGGAUUCCUCGAUAGCGAUGAAGCCGAUUUUCCAGCGCUUCCAAAGUGUGGUGAUUACGUCGGGAACAUUGUCGCCAAUGGAUAUGUAUCCGAAAAUAUUAGAUUUCGAACCAGUGGUGAUGAGUUCCCUUACGAUAAACCUGGCCAGGCCUUGUCUGUUACCAAUGAUUGUCUCCAGAGGAAACGAUCAAGUGGCCAUCUCUUCCAAGUUUGAGACCCGUGAAGAUACUGCCGUAACGCGGAAUUACGGUCAGUUGCUGGUGGAAACGGCCAAAACUGUCCCCGAUGGAAUCGUGUGCUUCUUCACGUCCUACUUGUAUCUGGAAUCGGUGGUGGCCUCCUGGUACGAUCAGGGCAUCAUCGAUACGCUGCUCCGAUACAAGCUGCUGUUCAUUGAAACUCAGGACAACGCCGAAACUUCGUACGCAUUGAUGAAUUACGUCAAGGCGUGCGAGUGCGGACGGGGUGCAGUGUUGCUGGCCGUCGCCCGAGGGCGCGUUUCGGAGGGUGUCGAUUUCGAUCACCACCUGGGACGGGCGGUGCUGAUGUUCGGCAUUCCCUAUGUGUACACGCAGUCCAGGAUCCUGAAGGCGCGCUUGGACUACCUGCGGGAUCAGUUCCAGAUCCGGGAGAACGACUUUCUCACGUUUGAUGCUUUGCGACAUGCAGCGCAGUGCGUGGGUCGCGCAAUUCGAGGUAAAACCGAUUACGGCAUAAUGAUCUUUGCCGAUAAGCGCUUCGGUCGACAGGAUAAGCGAGGCAAACUGCCCAAAUGGAUUCAGGAACAUCUAACCGAUAAUCUGACCAAUCUUAGCACAGAAGAGGCGAUGCAGCUCGCCAAACGAUGGCUCCGUCAGAUGGCACAGCCGUUUACUCGCGAGGACCAACUGGGUGUUUCGCUGCUAACGCUUGAACAGCUGCAAAGUAUAGAGAAGGAAAAGUUGGAGAAGCAAGCCCAAGGCAAAAAAUAAACAUCUCUUACUUUUGUUCUUCUAUCUUUUAUUUUUUUUCAUCGACAUCUUUGAUUAUCUUUUUCGCCUCAGAUAGUUAAACACCGAGAUUGAAGUUUCCUUUCAAAAUAAAUUUUAGUUCAGCCUAUUAUUUGUAAAUGGUUUUGUUGCUACAUUUGCUCGAUGUCUCGGCUAUCGAUUUCCUUACUCCUUAGGUGAAUACAAGUAAAAUAAAUUCUUUCUUUAAGCCUGGGUUCAAAUCUGUAUCUGCUUCUACAUUGGAUUUAAUUCACACAUCACUCGAAGCCAAUUCGGAACGGUAGAAAUGUGUAAUACUAUUGAUUUUGAUACAAUAAAGGAAAACUGAUAAUCAAACAACUGUAAACUGAACUGAGUGAUGGUGAUCUAUAGAUGAAGCUACUACACAGAAAUUUCAGGUUUUGCUAAGUAUUUAAUAUAUGUAAAAAAAUUCACAUGUAAGGGCGAACCUAACAAACAUAAGUGGCACCAUAUUUGCCCAACAUUUGCGUUUUUCAGUCUCGUACUUGUUUAAGAAUUGUAGCAUCCGUUUGGUUUUCUCCAUUCGGGAAGACGUAUCUUCGUGUUCCUAUAAAAA